AAUAAAUAAUAAUGAUGAUGAUGAUGACAAUGAUUAUAUUUAUGAUGAUGAUGAUGUUGAUUAUGAUAAAAAUAAUGAUGAAUAUGAAAUUGAUGAUACGGAAUACAGUAAUGAUCAGUACUAUCCAAAACGUAAAAAUUUAUAUUUUGAAAAAGAUUUAUAUAUCGUAAGGGGUUAUAGGAGACGACUGGAUUCAAGAUUAUAUCGUGUUAAUAAUUAUCAUGAUUUUAUAAUAAAAAAUCCUAAAUUAAUUAAGGAUAGUAUUGAAGAUUAUCAAAAAUCAUCAUCAUCGUUACCGUUAUUAUUAUCAUCACAUUGGUCGAAAAAAUAUGAAAAUUUAAAAAAACAAAGACAUCAAAAUCCACAUGUACAUCCACAUCAUCAACAUCGACAUCAACAAAUUUUUUAUAAUCGUGACAAGGAACUUUAUUAUCAAGAAACACGUCCAAAAAAUUUACAUUCAAUACCAAUUUUAUCAUCAGAAUCAGAUUUAAAAUAUAAUAAUAAAAAACAUAAAAAUAUAACAAAAAAUAAUAUUAAUCGACAGUGGCAAAAUAUUCAAUUGGAUGAUAAUGAUAAAAAUUAUGAUGACGAAGAGGAUGAAAAUAAAAAUGAUGAGAAUGAGGAUAAUGAUAGUUGGCUAGAUGAGCUUGGUGAUUAUGAUGAAAAUAAUGAGAUGAAAAAUGAAAAAAUAAAUAAUCAGUAUAAAAAAAAAGUACCAUAUAAAACAUAUGAUGAAAUAAUUAAAGUAUUAACAUCAAAUGAACCAAAAAAUCAGAAUUUAUCAAAAUUAGGUACAUCUGUUAAACGUGGUUCACGUAAUAUUGAAAAUAAAAAAUAUCAAAAAAAUAAUACACUUGAAAUUUUAUAUAAUGAUUCAAUAAUUAUUAAUAGUAGCAAUAAUAAUAGUAAUAAUAAUAAAACAAUUAAUUUAAAUAAUACGAGUAUUAUUGAUAAUCAAGAUAAAAAAAAAACUCGUAAUAUUAUUAAUAAUCAAUUGAGUCAAAAAAUAAAUUUUGAUGGUAAAAAAUUAAAUUCAACAACACAAUUACAACCAGCUAUAACCAAGAGUCUUGAUACUAAAAAUGAUAAUAACGAUGAUAAUUAUGAAAAAGAUGAUAUAGAUGAUGAUGACGAUGAUGAUGAUAAUUAUACUGAUGGUAAAACAAUUGUGGCGUAUACGGUGAAUGACAAUGAAUAUGAAACAUCAGUGCCAACAACAACAAUUUCACCUUCAACAACAAUGAAAAUAAUUGAAAAAUUAAAUGCAACAGUAACACCAGCAAUGUUAAUGACACCCAAAACCAUAAGAAAACCAACAACAAAAAAAGCAAAUAUUACAUCAGUGUAUCGUGCAUCAUUUAAUAAAUUUAAAACAAAGGAUGGAAAAUUAUCACAAUCUCAACAAAAUGCAGGGGCUGAUUACAAUGAUGUUAUUCUUCAAAAUAUAAGAAAAUUAUCACGUGAAGGUAAUUGCCGAUGGCCGAAAGCACGUGUCAUACCCGUUCGUAAUGUUUAUCCAAAUCCUUCAACAACUUAUUCACCACACUGUGUAAUACUUCAUAAAUGUUCUGAUGAUACUGGCUGUUGCAAUAAUGAACAAUUAACAUGUGCACCAAUUCGUUCACAUCCAGUUGAAUUUUAUUUUUACACGGAUCGUAUUGGACGAGAAAGAAGUGUUGAAAAAUUAAUAUUCUACAAUGAUACUGAUUGUGAAUGUAAAAAUAAAUAUACAUCCCUAAAUGGAAAUGAAGAAAGUCAUGAAAAUAAUGACAAUCAGCAACAGAUUACUUUACAGCCACAAAAUAUAACAAAAUUACCGAAAAAAAAACCAUGUAAAUGUCCCUCAAAAUUUUCAGCAGUUAUUGAAAAUGGUGAUUGUCAAUGUCAAUGUCCAAAAAACAAUACUAUUUGUGCUGAUUUGAGUAUAGGCAGGGGUUAUUUUUCACAAGAUGAUAAAUUAUGUAUACAAAGUGAAACUUGUGCAUUGCCUAACUGUACAUUUGGAGGAUAUAUCAAACACCAAGAUAGAUGUCCAACGAGAAAAGAUAAAUUUGGUUCAAUUGCAAAUGUUUCAAUUAAAAAUUUUCCAAAAAAUUCAUCAAAUUUAAAUAUUUCAAAAUUAAAAAAUUAAAAUACAAUAUAUAGUUUUUUUUUUAG